CGUUGUGAACAAAGAUGGCGGCCAUGCAGCAAGGGGAGGGAGACCAGCUUUUCGAUGUCCGCAACAGCUUUUACAUCGGUAGUUAUCAGCAGUGCAUUAAUGAGGCGCAGAAAGUCAAGCUGUCCACUCCAGAGAAAGAAGUUGAGCGAGAUGUUUUCCUUUAUAGAGCUUACAUUGCACAGAGAAAAUAUGGUGUGGUGUUAGAUGAUAUAAAAUCUGGAGCUGCUCCUGAAUUACAAGCUGUAAGAAUGUUUGCUAAAUACCUGUCCAGUGAGGAUCAAAGAGAUGCUACCAUAGCAGAAAUGGAGAAGAAGAUGGCAAAAAGUGUUGAUGUUAACAACACUACUUUCUUGCUGAUGGCAGCCUCGAUCUAUUUGCAUGAGCAAAAUACCGAUUCAGCGCUACGUACACUACACCAAGGAGAGAGUCUGGAGUGCAUGGCCAUGUCAAUACAGAUCUUUCUGAAGCUUGACCGGUUGGAUCUGGCUCGAAAGGAGCUGAAGAAGAUGCAUGAACAAGAUGAGGAUGCUACCCUGACACAGCUAUCAACAGCCUGGGUGAAUCUGGCCACGGGUGGAGACAAACUGCAGGAUGCCUAUUACAUCUUCCAGGAAAUGGCAGAUAAAUACACAUCAACCUUGCUGCUUUUAAAUGGGCAAGCUGCCUGUCAGAUGGCACAAGGCAAAUGGGACGAUGCAGAAGGAGUUCUACAGGAGGCACUAGACAAGGACAGCAGUCAUCCAGAAACUCUCAUUAAUCUUGUCGUACUUUCACAGCACCUUGGCAAGGCUCCUGAGGUUAGUAACCGCUAUCUAUCCCAGUUAAAGGAUGGACACCGGAGUCAUCCGUUUGUAAAAGAAUUUCUGGCUAAGGAAAAUGAGUUUGACCGAUUGGUGCUGCAGUACGCUCCCAGUGCAUGAGAAAAAUGGAAUGUGUUUCUGAAGGUGGAGAAAUCAUAUUUGUCUGCUACAUCCUCGGAAGGUGUUCUUGUUAAAUUCCUCAACUGUAGAAAAGUAUUUUUAAAUAUUAUGCCUCAGUAACUUAAACAUUGUAUAAAUGACCAGAUGGCAUCCAUUGACAUUCAUCUGUUAAAUGUUAAAAAAUUGUUUGUAUUCUGAUUAAGGAUAUAUUUGAAACCUUAACUCUUCACAUUCCAAUAAAAAUGUCGGUGAUACUAAUUUUAAGGUUACACAUUUAUGAAGUUCAUUAUGUUCCUAGCUGUCAUUAUGCACAGGAUUUGAGCCACAUUGCCAUGCCUGCUUUUCUUAGUCAGUCUCAGUUGAUUGAAGGGUUACAGCCCCUGCAGUAAUUGUCUGUUAGGUAAUUGGCUUGACUUGUAGUUAAAGAUUUCACACCCCCUCUUUAACCUUGACGUACAGAUCUGAUCUUUAGUCUUUACUAAGUUGCAUGAUCUCUGCAGGAAUCAUUCAGUUGGACUUGGUCAUCUUGAAUUCAGAAGGAGAAAGUGUCAUAGUUGAUUUGAUUGGUAAAUAUUGCCUGAAUUGUUGCGUUGACAAUCGCAUUGAACUCAGUUGCCUCCCCAGGAUCUAAGAGCUGCCAAUAUUGCUGUUGAAUGAGUGUAGUCAGUUUAAUAAAAGCUAAGUACUAUUGAUGCUGGAGAUCUGAAAUAAAAACCUUGUGCCAGAGAAAGUUAGCGGGUCUGGCAGCAUCUGUGGAGACAGGAGCAGUGAAUGUUUUGAAUUCAUUAUGACUCUCCAUAAUGACUAUGGCAUAUCUCAGUUGAAACAUUAAUUGUUAUUCUUUCCACACAUGCUGCUAGACCUACUGGGUUUCUCCAGCACUUUGUUUUUAUUUAUGGUUAGUCUGUUUUUCUGAUAUCCCAUAAGUAUAGUAUUAAAAAUCCAAUUGCACCUGUUAAUUAGCCUUUUGUUAAUUAUCCUUUAACUUGAACUAACAGCUCCUACAACACAACCACAAUAUAGUAAACAAAAAUACCAAUUGCUGGAAAAGCUCAGCAGGUCUGGCAGCAUCUGCUGAGAAAUCGGAGGUAACAUUUCGGGUCAAAUGACCUUUCAUCAGAAUAGCUCUGAGGAAGGGUCACUUGACUUCAAAUGUUAACUCUGAAUUCUGUCCACAGCUGCUGCCAGACCUGCUGAGCUUUUCUAGCUAUUUCUGAUUUCUAGCAUCUGCAGUUCUUUUCAAUUUUUAUUCAGUAAAGUCUGUGCCCAUGGGUGUUACAAUCUUGAAAAGCCUUGUGAACAGCACAUGUAUAAUGAGAGUCAAUUGAAGGUGAAGUCACUAUAGAUGUACUAGACUGCUGCUCCCUCAUUAGAGAGGGGUGACUGCUAGUUUAACCUGAAGGUCACCAAAUUAGAGAGGGUAGAGAUUGAGAUGAGGAGUCAUGGUAGCCUCAGCUGGUGUGGGAAUUGAAUCUGUGCUAUUGGCAUCACUCUGCAUCGCAAGCUAGUUAUCAGACUCUGUCUUGUUGCUUCAAUGUAUGUAAAUACUUUGCUUGAGUAAAAAAUGCUUUUGGUUUUAGCAACUGUA